UCUCCAUCUCUUCCGUAUUUGCGUUGUUACCAAGCUACUGGUACUACAAGCAGCACGAUUUCCUCCAUUAAAGAGUUAAAACCCUCGCUGCCUAAGCUUUUCGUUUUCCUCGUUUUGCUUCUUAGGUUAAGGUAACUAUGGCGGAGACCAAAACCAAAUACGAUCGUCAAAUCAGGAUAUGGGGUGAACAAGGACAGACAGCUCUUGAGAAAGCUAGUAUUUGCUUGCUCAACUGUGGCCCUACUGGUUCUGAAGCGUUGAAGAAUCUUGUUCUUGGUGGAGUUGGUAGUAUAACUAUCAUUGAUGGAUCUAAAGUUGAAGAAGGGGACCUUGGCAACAACUUCAUGGUGGAUGAGUCAAGCAUUGGGCAGUCCAAGGCUAAAUGUGUCUGCGCAUUUUUGCAAGAGCUAAAUGAUGCUGUGAAAGCCAAGUUUGUAGAGGAGUCUCCGGAGGCACUAAUAGAGAUGAAUCCAUCGUUUUUUUCACAGUUCACAUUGGUUAUAGCCACUCAGCUGAAGGAACCGUCCAUGCUAAAGCUGGAUAAAAUCUGUAGGCAGGCUGAUGUUAUGUUGGUGGUUGCACGCUCUUAUGGUCUGACUGGCCUUGUGCGGAUCAGUUUGAAGGAACACACAGUGAUUGAAUCGAAGCCUGAUCAUUUCUUGGAUGAUCUGCGAUUAAAUAAUCCAUGGCCUGAACUCAAGCGGUUUGCUGAAAGCAUCGACUUAAGUACCACUGAUCCUGUUGUCCAUAAGCACAUUCCGUAUGUUAUUAUUCUUGUUAAGAUGGCAGAAGAGUGGGCAAAUGCACAUAAUGGUUCUCUGCCUUCAACCAGAGAGGAGAAAAGAGAGUUUAAGGAUCUGCUGAAAUCCAAGAAGAUUGCAUUAGAUGAGGAUAACUACAAAGAAGCUAUUGAUGCCUCGUUCAAAAUUUCGGCUUCUCGAGGCAUUAGUUCCAAUUUGCGUAAAAUAAUUGAUGACAGCUCAGCUGAAGUUGAUUCUGCAUCAUCAGACUUCUGGGUUAUGGUGGCAGCUCUGAAGGAAUUCAUUCUUAAUGAAGGUGAUGGUGAAGCACCUCUUGAGGGAGCUAUACCAGAUAUGACGUCUUCAACAGAAUUCUACGUGAAUUUGCAGAAGAUCUACCAGGCCAAAGCCGAGGAAGAUUUUCUUGCAGUUGAGAGAAGGGUGCGAGAUAUUCUAAAAAGAGUUGGCAGAGAUCCCGCUUCCAUUUCCAAAGGAAACAUCAAAAGUUUCUGUCGAAACGCAAGAAAGCUUAUGGUAUGCAGAUAUCGUUCUAUUGAAGAUGAGUUCAAUUCUCCUACCUUGUCAGAGUUGCAGAAGUAUUUGACUGAUGAAGACUACAGUAUUGCCGUUGGGUUCUACAUUCUGCUCCGAGCUGUUGACCGGUUUGCUACUAACUACAACAGAUUUCCUGGUCUUUUUGAUGGUGCUGUGGAUGAGGAUAUAUCUCGACUGAAGACUAUAGCUGUUGGCAUACUAAGUGACUUGGGUUGCAACGGAUCGACCUUGACCGACGACUUGAUCAAUGAAAUGCAUCGAUUUGGUGGUGCGGAGCUCCAUACUGUAGCUGCCGUGAUAGGAGGAAUUGCUUCACAAGAAGUUAUUAAGCUCAUCACGAAGCAGUUUAUUCCCAUGUCUGGGACAUUUAUCUUUAACGCCAUUGAUCACAAGUCUCAACUGUUGGGAUUGUAGUAAACUGGUUCGUUUACAGUUCAGUUCUUGUGUAACUUGCAGAUUAUGCUUGGAGAUUGACCUCAUUGUUCCUUCUGAAUACAACUCUAUGGUCUAUUUCCUUGUUUCUGGAAACAAAGACUUUAUAUAGUUCAUACUGGGAUUGGUCCCUAAAAUUUGUAAGAACCAAGGGAGAAGACAUUUUUGGCACCAACUAUUAACGAGGUUUUGUAUAAAGAAAAUUUACAUUGUAGCAAAUUUUGUCUUCUUUCUGUAAUUUAGAUGUUAAUUUCUUUUCUGCUGUUCUUUAAUCUGAAAUAGAAAAAAGGUGCGAGUAUUUAUGCAGUA